AUGGGUCUUUCUGAUUUCUUCUCCAGUUUCAUGCCUACCGUCUACGCUGACGAAGAGCCCCAAGUCGAAGAGACCGUUGAGGAAGUUGUUGAGGAAACCCCCGCUGCUGAAGAGGAGGUAGAGGAAGAGGAAGAGGAGGAGCCCGAGGAUCCUAAGGCUGCUAUUUGGGAAGUUUGUACUGAACAAUGCUCUGCCUUGAAGCAUCACCUUGAUGAAUGUAACGAGCGUGUUGAGAACGGAUCCAGCGAGAACUGUAUCGAGGAGUUCUUCCAUUUCAUGCACUGUGCUGAUGAAUGUGCUGCUCCCAAGAUCAUGGCUGCCACCAAAUAA